AUGUCCCCAGCACCGACGCUGAACGGCACCCCAGAUGAGAAGGCGGUCGUACGCCGCCAGCUUAAGAUCAAGGUUGCCGCUGCUAAACGGCUUCUGAAAGAACACAUCUUGUAUCGCGACGAAGCGCAUGCUCAGGGGCAAAAGCUGAGCAAACUUGCCGAGGAGAACGCAGAUGAAUGGGAACUCAAACACGCUAGACGGAUAGCAGAAGAGUCACAAAGAAUGGUCAAUGAUACACGUGAUAGGCUGGACAAGACUGUCCAAGAACUCACGUCGCUCGUUGCUUCUGUCAAGAAUAAGCCCGAGUUUGAGAACGAUGAAGAGUUGGUCAAAGCCGAGGAAGCACUAAAGGAAGCGAACGCGUAA